AUGGCGCUGCAGCAGGACGAAGCCUACAGCGGCUACGCGACGUCCGUCGAUAAGACCGAGCGCGUCAUCAUCGUGUGCAAUUCGCUCCCGCUGAAGAUGACGCACGACCCCGAGGGCGCCGCCGAGCGCGGGCACAGCUGGCACUUCGCGAUGGACCCGGACUCGAUAUACGGCCAGACCGUCACGGGGAUACUCAACGGGACGUCCGUGGAGAAAGUUCUGUUCCUGGGCGGCCUCGGAAGCGAGGUGGAGCUCUUCGAACAAGACGCCGUCGCGAGCGACAUCGCGGAGCGGUUCAACUGCGUCCCGGUGUUCCUCGGCGCGGAGCUGAAGGACAAAUACUACAAAGGCUUCUGCAAGCAGUUCCUGUGGCCGUUGAUGCACUACAUCUUACCUCAAUCGCCCACGAGCGCGGGUAGGUAUAACAAGCUGAACUGGCAAGGGUACCUCGCGGCGAAUAAGCGCUUCGCGGAUAAGGUCGUCGAGGUCCUCAACGCGGACGGCGACUUCGUGUGGGUGCACGACUACCACCUCAUGCUUCUGCCGACGUUCCUUCGGAAGCGGUACAACACCGUGAGGUGCGGGUUCUUCCUGCACUGCCCGUUCCCGUCGUCGGAGAUUUUCCGGACGUUCCCGAACCGCGACCUCGUCUUGAGAGGAUUGCUCAACGCGGACGUCGUCGCGUUUCACACGUUCGACUACGCGCGGCACUUCCUGUCGUGCACGACGCGUUUGCUCGGGUUAAACCACAAGACCGUGCGAGGCUCGCUCGCGAUCGAUUACUACGGCCGGAGCGUCUCCGUGAAGAUUUGCCCCACUGGCGUGAACACGGAUCGUCUGCAGGAGGGCGUGAUGUGGCCCGAAUCGGUGUCGCACCGGCUCAACUACCGCAAGGCGUUCCGCGGGCGGAUGGUGUUCCUCGGGAUCGACGACAUGGACCUCUUCAAAGGGAUUGACCUUCGUCUGCAAGCGUACGAACUUUUGCUCUCGCAGCACCCGGAGAUGGCGGAGACGAUGGUGCUCGUCCAAGUGUGCAACCCGGCGCGGAGCACGGGACGGGAGACGCAAGAGCUUCAAUCCGAAGUCGAAGCCAUCGUCGAGCGCUUAAACGCGACGUACGGCGUGACAGAAGGCGACGGCGACGCGUUCGGCGGCAAGGUCGUGGAGUUCAUCAACCGCGGGACGAGUCUGGACGAGCGGAUCGCGCUCAUGUCCCACGCGGAUUGCGUCGUCGUCACCGCGACGCGAGACGGGAUGAACCUCCUCCCGUACGAGUACAUCACGUGCCGCCAAGGCCCGCGGGACGAGAGCGUCGGCACCGCGGACGGGUUCCCGUUGCCGAGAAAUUCGAGCCUCAUCAUGUCCGAGUUUGUCGGGUGCUCGAGCUCGUUGUCCGGCGCGUUUAGGGUCAACCCGUGGAACGUCGAAGACGUCGCGGACGCGAUGUACCGAGCCGCGACGUUGAGCGGCGUCGAAGCGGAAGCCAGGCACAAGAAGCACUGGAAGUACAUCAGCGAGCACACGGUCGGGUACUGGGCCGCGUCGAACAUCAGCGAGCUGCAGCGCGCGACGGAGUUGGACGGGAAAGCGCCGAAGUGCUACGGCCUCGGGUUCGGUUUGAACUUCCGCGUCGUGACGCUCGACCCGGAGUUCCGCAGGUUGGACAACAUGCAGUGCUCGCUGGAGUACUCCCAGAGCACGCGGCGCGUUUUGCUUUUGGACUACGACGGCACGCUCGUGCAGGCGGCGACGUACGAUCAGCCGCCGUCGCCGGAACUCUUGGACACGAUACAGACGCUGGCGAACGAUCCGAUGAACGCGAUGGUGUGCAUCGUCAGCGGUCGCUGCAAAGGCACGCUCGCCAAGUGGUUCUCCGACGCGGUCCCGAACGUGGCCUUACUCGCGGAGCACGGGUACUGGUACAAAGGACCGGCGUGGGGAUCCAACCCGGACUGGGCCUGCCUCGCGACCGUGGGGACGGAGGAGAACAUCGCGCGGUGGCGCGGCAUCGUGCUGCCCAUCUUGGAACAAUACCAAGACUCCACGGACGGCUCGUACAUCAGGGACAAGAAGACGAGCGUGGUGUGGGACUACCGCGACGCGGACCCAGACUUUGGCGCGUGGCAGGCGAAGGAGCUGAUGGACCACCUCGAGUCCGUGCUCGUGAACGACCCGGUGGACGUCCUCUGGGGGUCGUGCCACGUCGAGAUCAAGCCGCAGGGGAUCGGAAAGUCCACCGCGGUGGAGAUGUUCUUAGGCCCCGCGGCGGACACGCACCUGCGCGGCGGCCUCGCCGCGGGGAAGGUGGACUUCAUCCUCGCCGUGGGCGACGAUCGAAGCGACGAGGAGAUGUUCCAGGCGGUGGACCAGUGGGUCGGGAACCCGGAGAGCGCGGUCAAGGCGGCGCUGUCGUGCGCGCGUCCCGGGUCGGAGCCGCAAAAGGGGAAGAAGAAACGCGGGCACGAUCACCUCGCGGUGUAUUGUUCCACGGUCGGGCAGAAGCCGUCGGGGGCGGAUUAUUACCUCGAGGAUCACGAUGACGUCGUCGCGCUGCUCGGGGCUCUCGUGACGCAGGCGCCGGCGAGCGGGAGCGCGACCCCGUGA